AUGAGAUCUCCUAUUAUCUUCUAGUACACGUUCAUCUUACAGCUUCAUCGACGCUUUUCUUUUCAUAACUUUUUAUUCUCAUUUUUAUGAUGGCUGAACUACCGAUCACAAUGCGCUCUCUCGUCGCACCCAAGCCAUGCAAGCCUUCAGGUUACGAAAUUGUCGACCUGCCUUUGCCCCCAAUCAGCAAUGCUGACGAGAUGCUCGUUAAAGUCCACGCAUGCGGUCUGAUGACUGGCGAUACUCAAGUGGCUUCGGGCUCCAUGAGUUUUCUAGUCAGCAUGCGUUUCCCGGCAGGCUUAGGUAUCGAGUGCUCCGGUACAGUAGUCUCCGUUGGCUCCAACGUCACGAACUUCAAGCCCGGCGACGCCGUUUAUGGUAUGGCUUUCGGGCGACCCAUGGAAUUCGACCGCCUAUCAGGAUUCUGUUCACAAUACUGCAUUGGAAGAGAGAAGCUCUUUCUGCACAAGCCUCCUCAUAUCUCGUUUGAGGAGGCGGGUGGCUUACUCAGCUUCACACUGACGGCGUACGAGUCUCUCCAGCUGGGCGCUAAGCACAUGGCCUCACACGGAAAGAAGCUUGAGGGUAGCACAGUCUUCGUUCCUGGCGCACUGAGCGCUACUGGAUCAAUAUGCAUACAGCUACUCAAGAACGUGUUUGGCGUCAGCAAGGUCAUAGCGACAGUGUCUACGUCUAAGAUCCCAUUAGUUGAGAAGUAUCUGCCUGGUUUGGUAGACCAGGUUGUGGACUACAAACUGACGCGAAAGCUGACAGAUGUGAUACCGGCGGGAGGUGUGGACUUUGCGUAUAACACGCAAUGGAAUACCCUUGAAAGUGUAGUGCCUUUGAUGAAUAAGGACACUGGAGUUAUCGUAUCAAUCGCCAGUAUCUUCCCUUCGCGACUGCUCAAGUUGGCUUUAGGGCCCGCCUUGCCUUUCUGGGUUGGUUGGAUAGCAGAUUUGGCGCAGUUAUAUUAUCGCUGGCUGGUCUGGGGCACAAACAUCAAGCUUGACUUUGUCUCGGGUAAUGGUGAAAAUAGGGAAUUGGUUGAGAAGACAGCAGAGGUCAUUGCACUACAGAAAGUAAAGUGUGUAAUGCGAAUUGUGAAUUUGGAGAAUAUCGAGGCCGUGAGAGUUGCAUGUGAUGAGGUCUAUACGGGAAAAGGCGGGAUUGGCAAAUUGGUUGUCAAGAUAGUGUGAGUAACUCAGAUAAUUAGACGCAAACUCAGAUAGAUGGUACGUAAUAAUUUGCCAGCGG